AUGCGCCCCUUUCUAAGAUGCUGGACCUGCUUCUGUCCGUUCCUCCUGUUCUCCCUAGGAGCCCAAGGGGCUCCCAAGUAUCCCCAUGCUGCUCCAGAGCAAGUCCACCUGUCUUACCCAGGUGACCCAGGCUCCAUGACCGUGACCUGGACCACGUGGGUCCCCGCUCCGUCCGAGGUGCAGUUCGGCUUGCAGCUGGCAGGGCCCCUCCCACUCCACGCCCAAGGCUCCGCCCGAGCCUUUGUGGACGGGGGCGUCCUCAGACGCAAGCUCUACAUCCACCGAGUUACGCUGAGGAAGCUGAUGCCUGGGGUCCAGUACGUUUAUCGCUGUGGCAGCGCCCAGGGCUGGAGCCGGAGAUUCCGCUUUAAGGCCUUGAAGAAUGGGGUACACUGGAGUCCCCGACUGGCUGUGUUUGGGGAUCUGGGGGCUGACAACCCCAAGGCCCUCCCACGGCUGCAGAGGGACACCCAGCAGGGCAUGUACGAUGCUGUGCUCCAUGUGGGAGACUUUGCCUACAAUAUGGAUCAGGACAACGCCCGUGUUGGGGAUAGAUUCAUGCGGCUCAUUGAACCUGUAGCUGCCAGCCUGCCAUACAUGACAUGCCCUGGAAAUCACGAACAACGCUACAACUUCUCUAACUAUAAGGCUCGUUUUAAUAUGCCUGGGGACAAUGAAGGCUUGUGGUACAGCUGGGACCUAGGUCCUGCCCACAUUGUCUCCUUCUCCACGGAGGUGUACUUCUUUCUCAAUUAUGGCCGCCACCUGGUGCAGAGCCAGUUCAACUGGCUGGAAAGCGACCUCCAGAAAGCCAACAAGAAUCGGGCAGCAAGGCCAUGGAUAAUUACAAUGGGUCACCGGCCCAUGUACUGUUCCAACGCAGACUUGGAUGACUGCACCAGGCAUGAAAGCAAGGUCCGAAAAGGCCUCCAAGGCAAGUUAUACGGGCUGGAGGACCUUUUCCACAAACAUGGUGUGGACCUACAGAUAUGGGCUCAUGAGCACUCCUAUGAACGGCUCUGGCCAAUUUACAACUAUCAGGUAUUUAAUGGCAGCCUGGAGAAGCCAUACACCAAUCCUCGGGGUCCAGUCCACAUCAUCACAGGAUCUGCGGGCUGCGAGGAGCUGCUGACUCCUUUUGUCAGCAAGCCGAGGCCCUGGAGCGCCGUGCGUGUGAAGGAAUAUGGGUACACAAGGCUGCACCUCCUCAACGGUACCCACAUGCACAUCCAGCAGGUGUCUGAUGACCAGGAUGGAAAGAUUGUGGACGACUUCUGGUUGGUGAGGCCUCUGCUUAACCGAAUAAUGUACCACUAA